AUGGCAGCCAACAUUCUCCAACUCCCGUUUCGGCGCUCCCACGGCGUCUCUCUAUCGGAUGCAAUCACCCAAUAUAUCUCCUCCAAAUAUGACCAGCGUCCGGAUAUGUUUGCAGAGGAUCUGCUGAUCAUCGACCGUCUACGAACUGAGGCUAUCAAUGUCCAGGAACCGCAUGUCAGCGGGAUCAGUCGGUUGGUCACGUAUGCGGCGCAGUUGAAAUGGCUGAGUGGGAAGUUUCCGAUAGACGUUGGGGUGGAAUUCCCGUGGUAUCCUGCGUUUGGGUUGAACGCAUCUAGGCCGACUUCGCAGAAUAACCUCCGCUUCGAGCUCGCGAAUAUCCUAUUCAACCUAGCGGCCCUGUACUCGCAACUAGCAUUCAACGUGAACCGCACCACCUCCGAAGGACUCAAACAAGCCUGCAACUACUUCUGUCAGUCAGCCGGUGUCCUAACAAACCUGCGAACCGAUAUUCUAUCCGACCUUCGCACCUCACCGCCAGAAGAUAUGGACGAUAUGACAAUCCAGAGUUUGGAACAACUGCUGUUGGCGCAGGCGCAGGAAUGUUUCUGGCAGAAGGCUGUCAAGGAUGGGUUGAAAGAUGCGUCGAUUGCACGGCUUGCGGCUAAAGUGUCGGAUUUCUAUGCGGAUACUGGGGACUUUGCCGUGAAGUCAAAUGCGAUCAGUCCGGAGUGGAUUCACCAUACGACGGCUAAGCAUCACCACUUCGCUGCGGCUGCGCAGUACCGGCAGUCGCUAGACUGUCUCGAGAAACGCAAGUACGGUGAAGAGGUUGCUCGUCUUCGUGACAGUUUGACAUGUGUGAAUGAGGCGUUGAAGGAGUCGCGAUGGAUUAAUCGCGUUGUGCUGGGUGAUCUAAAUGGGUUGAAGAACCGAGUGACGGAGGAUCUGAAACGCGCAGAAAAGGAUAACGACGUGAUCUACCUCAACCCGGUGCCACCAAAGUCGGAGCUCAGGGCCAUUGAUCGAGCCAGUAUGGUGGCAGCGAAGGCGCCGUCGCAGGUGACGGAUGCUAUUGCUAUGCUUGGAGACAAUGGGCCUCUUGGUCAACCACUGUUUUCGAAGCUGGUCCCGUAUGCUGUUCACAUCGCAGCCAGUAUCUACUCUGAUCGUCGUGAUCGGUUGAUCAAUGAUACCGUCAUCGUGGAGCUGGAAUCAAUGACGGACAAGAUCAGGGAUCUGCUAUCAUCCUUGAACCUGCCUGGCUCACUCCAAGCGCUGGAGAAGCCACUUGGCCUUCCACCCACGUUGGUCUCGCACGCCGAAGAAAUGCGCCAGCAAGGCGGAUUGAACGAGCUACGAAAGUCUCUCGAGGAUACCUCCAAGGUCAAAACCAACGACAAAGCAGUAUUCCAGGAGGCCGUCGAACUUCUGCAAGCAGAAAAGGCCGAAGACGAGAGUUCACGCAUGAAAUACGGAACAGACCGGUGGUCGAGAGAACCGUCUCAAAAGGCAGCGCCAAAAAUCUACUCGACUUCCAAUGAUAUCAACGGAUACUUUGCAUCUGCGCAGAACAGCGACAACCUUGUUGAGAGGAAGAUUAAGGAUUCUGAGGCGAUCUUCCGAGUGCUGACGGGCACCAACCGUGAUCUCGAACACUAUGUGCCUAGUAGUAGGAGGGCGGCGAUUCCGCCGGAGUUGGAACAGGAAACCAUUCGACUACGGGGGCGCUUGAGUGAGCUUAGUCGGUUGGAGAACCGACGGAAGCGACGGGUCCUGACGCUGAAAGAUAAAGCUCGCUCGGAUGAUAUCAGCCAUUCCCUUGUCAGAGAAACAGCCCGUCUGGAGCGCGAAUUCCCCAUGCAAACAAUCCAAGCAAGCCAAUUCGAGGACCUCUUCGAAGAAAAACUCCACCUCUACGACUCAGACAAGCAAAUGGUCGAACAAGAACAGCACGACCAGGAUCAGGUCGCCGCUCAGGUUCGCGAGGCCAACCGCGCAUUUACGAAUGCCCAGCACGGUGAUGCCUCGUCCAAGGCGCGGGAAAAGGCGCUGCAGGAACUCGAGAACGGGUAUCUGAAGUACAAGGAGAUUCUCUCCAACAUUGAAGUUGGGAGGAAGUUUUAUAACGACCUUGCGAAGCAUGUUGGGAGGUUCCGGGAUGAUUGCAAGUCUUUUGUGCAGCAGAGGAGAAUGGAGGCUAGUCAGAUUGAGGCUGAAAUCUCGAGCGUCGCGGCAAUGGCAUCGCUUAACAUCUCUCAACCGCAUUUCCGCCAGCAGCCAGCAAGCCAUCCGUCCGCGUAUAGCCAGCCCCAGUCUCAGCCUCCCGUCCAGCCCAAAACACAACCUCAACCACAGCCAAAACCAGUGGUGCAACCGCAAGCUCCAGCGCCAUCGCCGCCGCAGCCUCAGCCGCAACCGGUGCAAGUGCAACCAGUGCAACCCCAACCACGACCAUCAGCUACCGGAGAACCAUUGCAAGCACCACAACCGACACGCGCACCGGUGCCCGUUCCCACGCCGGGGAUAUGGUCUCCUGAGAUGGGGAUACGAUUCGGAGGAUCGCCAACAGGAAGGGGACAAGGUCAGCCGGGGCAGUGGAAUCCUAACCAGGGGAUACGAUUUUCUUAG